AUGACAAGCAAUAGCGUAGAUCAGCCACUCCAAGCCUUCCGCAUCGCCGGCUUGCCUCCGGACUUUUACUACAUUCCAAACUUCAUCUCAAUCGAAGAGGAGGCAUCUAUACUUCAGAAGAUACCCGCACAACGAUGGAUAACCCUCUCCCACCGUCGCCUACAAGCGCACCCGUCUACACUCACAAAGAACAACACUCUUCUCGCUGCCCCUCUCCCGACGUAUCUCACAAACCCUAUCGUUCUGCGCUUCAAAGAUCUAGGCAUCUUCGACCACACGUCGCACGAGCAGCCGAAUCACGUGCUAAUCAAUGAGUACAAGCCUGGUGAGGGCAUUAUGCCGCAUGAAGACGGGAAGGCGUAUGCAAGUGUGGUUGCAACUGUGAGCCUAGGCGGGACGGUCUGUUUGACUCUUACGGCAAAACCUGGAUCAGAAGAGGACGAUGAGAAGAAGGCAAGCGCGAAGGAGUGGAAGUUGCCGAUCAGAAUCUUGCAGGAGCCGAGGAGUCUGCUCAUCACGACGGGCGAGGCAUAUGAGUCGCUGUUGCAUGGUGUCGAUGCCGUGGAAGUCGACGAGGAGCUGAACGUCGAUACGAUAGCGAAUUGGGAUCUGCUGAGUGAUCGCACAACGAUUGAGGCGGCUGGCGGCCGCAACCUGAGAGGAACGCGGAUCAGUCUUACUUACAGGGAUGUACUGAAGGUCAGCUCUGCGGCGAACAAGGUACUUGGUGGACUGUUUAAGCGGUAA